GAGGAAGCUACCCUUCUUGCCUUGGCCGAAUUUGAUGAGGUUAAGGACAAUGAGGAUGGACUGGAAGGUUGGACAGCGUACCAGCUGCUGACGAAAGUUAGCGAGGGUGCCACGAGUGGGUUUGAGAUUCUCACCCAAGCCGUUGAUGAUAUCAUUGUCGGCCUCAACAGUCGCAAUUCCAGGACAAUUCGAAUCAGAUCCUCCAACCUCACGCAAUGGCGUCCAGAGACGCAAAGAUGGAUGCAGAGCCUGAGUGAUGAUGUAAUUUUGGUGCAGGAAACGCACUUAACCAACAAAGGCGUUGCUGAAGCUUUGGCAGCUAUGCACAAAGUUGGUUAUGAGAUGCUUGGGGGAGAAGCGGUUACCUCUUCGAAGCAAGGGACCAAUGGCGGAGUCGCUCUGCUCUCCAAAAAACACCUCAAAGUCCAGGCUAUGCAUCAUUUUACCGAGGAAGGCUGUGGCUACUGUGCAGCCAAACUGAGAGUCAAAGGAGAUUUCAACGUCUCUCCAAACGAGCUGGCAGAUACCAACAUCGUCAGCGAGCUUGGUGGCCAAAUACUCUGUGCGGGAGAGCCCACAACCCAUGGGGGCAGUGAGCUGGAUUUUGUGAUCACCAGCUCGGCCAUAUCAGGCCAUACCUCGCUGAAGCUUGAUUGGAGUGUCCUGGGGCAGGAUUUCUUGUCUGAUGAUAUGUCAAGGCGGUGGGCAGCCAUCUCUCAGUGGUGCCAGCAGGCCAUGUAUCCGGACGAGACUGAACCCAGAGGUGGCUCCCUUGACCUCCAAAGGCUCCCUCAGGUUUUGGGACAGCCCUGCAAGCCCUAUUCAACGCAAGCGGGCCUUUGGUUACGUGUGGAAUCUUGGCUUAACGCAGUCACCAAGGCCAAGAUUAAACUCAGCACGAAAACCAUCUCGGAAGUGCUUGAGCAACUGGAAUUCCAUGCAAAGGAAGACAGUGAAGCCGUCAGUCACCGGGCUGAGAUCCUCGCCCAUCUCUCAGGCUUCGAUGUCAUGACCAAAGAGAAUGAAGAAUACGUACGUGGAUGCAUCAAACAAGCCCAGUCCGAGCAUCUCGCUGAGGCAAAACAGAGGUAUCAGAGCUGGCUGGAAGGAGCCCAGGUCAAAGGUAUGCGUCCACUGUACAAGGCAAUUCGCUCCCAUGAACAAGUCCUGGUAAGGCCCUUUCGUGACAAGGAGGCGGCGCUUCGGCCGUAUCUCAGGUACUAUCAAUGGCAGGAAAUUUGGAAAAGUCAACCAAAACCGGUGGACCCGAUCAUACCGGAGCUGCUCAGCAGGGCAGUCAAGGAGGCGGCUAGUUUGCCGGCCAUCACGGCCGCUAAGCUUCAAACCAAGUUUCACUGCCUCCCUGAGAAGGCCCCAGGAGUUGAUGGAUGGAACAACCGCAUGCUAAAACAACUGCCCCCGGGUGCGCUGGAGCCUCUCGCGCUUUUCUUGAACCACAUGGAAGCCACUGGUAAGGUCGCUGUUGCCACAGGGCGCCACCGCGCCACAGUCUACCUUGACCUCACUACUUUCUACGAAACUCUUGCCCACUCGAGGCUCAUUGCCUCGGCACAGGAGCUGGCAUUCCCGGCGAGCCUGCUAAACAUCGCUAUCCAGAUCUACCGUGGCGCACGCAUCAUUGAUGCUGAAGGCACAAUGAGCCCUGUCUGUUACACGGGUUGCGGCGUUGUUGCAGGCUGCCCUGUUGCUCCUGCCUUGAGCAAGCUCGCUCUUUACAGGCCUUGCAGAGCGGUGCAAAAUACUGGCCUCUUGGCAGGGCUGGACACCUGGAUAGACGACGUGUCGAUAGACGCAGAGGAUGCAGACCCGCAGCGCGCAGCCCAAAAAAUUGUGGCUUUAUACAGAACCAUCAGCACUGAGCUUGACAAUGCUGAACUGUUGAUCAGCGCGUCUAAGUCUGCUUUCGUAUGUACGGAUCGGCACACGCAGCACCGUCUGAAGCAGCUUCUGCUUCCAGGUGAUCCGCCAGUUCUGCAUCUUGUCAAAGAUCUAGGUGUGGAUUCGGCGGGAGCCCGUAGACGCAGGGUCGCCACCAGUAAUGCACGCAUCUCCAAGGCCUCGUGCAGAAGUGGCAAACUUACGCGGCUUCGUAUUCCCAACCCCAAGAAACGAGCCCAGAUCGCGGCGACCGGUGUGGAGACC